CGAUCACUUCAGUAAGCCAACGUUGUUCUGAACCUGACACCCGAGUAGCCGACAUGUGUUAUGAGCACGAUAUUUCUGAUACUAUUUCUCAUCGAGACACGCUUCCUCCUCCAUCCGUCCUGCGACAUGUCGUCGAUGUACAUUGUCAUCCCACCGACUCAGAGAUUACCGUAAAGACAAUGGACAACUUGCCCAUCAUCAUCGGUGCCAUGUCCACUCUUCAGGCGGACCAAGGAUUAGUGCGAGACUUGGCUACUGCAUUCCCAAACAAAGUCGUGCCUUCCUUUGGUUACCAUCCGUGGUUUACGCACUGGAUUGCACUGGCGCCGUAUGAAUCAAAGGAAGCGCACUAUAGGCGCAUAUUCAAGGAUGCAGAUGAGCAUCCGGAGGCCUUCCAGAAGCUGCUUGAGCAUGCACCUGAACCAGUGACCCUGCAAACCGUCUUGGAAGACGUUCGUCAGAAUCUUAUGGACUUUCCAAGCGCAAUGCUUGGAGAGGUUGGGUUCGACAGAGCUUUUAGGGUGUCCUAUGACUACUUCUCUUCGCCCGGAGAAUUGUCGCCCUUCACCACACCCUUUGAGCACCAAUUAGCUAUCCUUGAAGCACAGCUUGAUCUAGCAGCAGAGUUAGGUCGAAACAUCAGCAUGCACAGCGUUAAAUCGCAAAUGGCUACUGUGGAGUUGUUAGACCGCAUGGCUGAUAGGCAUGGCGAGCGUUGGAUGAAAAUAAGCAUUGAUAUUCACAGCUGCGGCCUUAGCCCGCAAACGUGGCUGUCCAUUGAGAAGCGUCAUCCAAAUGUAUUUUUGUCUCUCUCAACAGUCAUCAACAGUCGAUCUCCAAAUCACCGAGCGCUGAUCGCUGCAUGCUCUUCACGCCGUAUCCUCGUGGAAUCCGAUUCCCACAAGAUCGACGACAGCACGCAACACACUUGGGACAUGGUCCUUAUAGUUGCUGAAGUGAAAGGGUGGCUAGUCGAAUCGUCCUGGGACGAGGUCGUAGACGAAAGUCAGCAGGGGGUUGUCCGACGUUUGGAAAGCAAUUGGAGGGAAUUCGUGCAAGGAAAUCAUGUCGGGCCUAACAAGCUCAGCAAACGAACGACCAGGGAGCGGCAAUAGAAAUUUUUAGCGGGUAUAGUAAAAAUGCUGUCCAUGCCAACCUGCUCAGGAUGGACGGCAGUCGACUGGUAUGUGAGUUCAUUGUAUAACUGCCAAUGUAUUACACGAAGAAUUGUAUUGAAUGGUCCGUGGAUAAUUAAAAUGGUAUCACCGCGACAUAUAGCUUAUGAGCAGGAGUAAGCAGGCUCCGAUGAUAA